AUGAUACUCCGCUAUUUUCUUCCUUUCGGCAUCGAGCGUCUCUCCGUGGCGGAUGACGAAGCCAUCAAGGACAUUACCGUCCGCAGACCAUACGACUUUUGCAAAGCGCGCAGAACGACGGAGUGGAUGAAAGGGAUUCUGGGAGAGAAUGGACUCUUGUUAGUUGAAGGUGCUGCGCACGCGAAGUUGAGGAAAGCGUUGGCGCCUGCAUUUUCCACGAGUGCGAUUAAGGCGUUGGAGAUGCGGUUUUGGGAGAAGGGUUUGUUGCUUGGCAAUGUGAUCGAAAGGGAGAGGAGAGUUGUUGAGGGCCAUGUUCCCUCUGUCGAAAUCUUAGAUUGUCUCAACUGGGCGACGCUGGAUAUCAUCGGCUUAGCGGGCUUUGGGCUUGAGGUCAAGUCGCUCGAAGCUCCAAGUGCGCCGUUAAGAAAGGCGUAUUCCGCGCUUUUCGCCUUCGACUUCGUGUCGUUCGUGGUCCAGGCCUUGCGGAUGUUCUGGGGCGUAAUGAAGUACUUCCCCUGCGAGAUCAACCGAGCGAUGGAUCGUAGCGAGAAAUUCAUCACUCAAGUGGCGGACGAUGUUGUACAGUCGAAGCUGGACAAAGAUGGACUCUGCACGGGGGGUAAGGAUAUCAUCAGCCUCAUCGUCAAGCACAAUGAAGCCAAGGCGUCGUCACCAGAAGAUGUCCUCUCCUUCAUCGACAUUCGAGACCAAGUCAAGGCAUUCCUCGGAGCGGGUCAUGAUACGACAGCGACAGCUGUAGCCUGGACCAUUGAUCUCCUGAGCAAGAACCAGUGCGUUCAAGAUCGACUUCGAGCUGAGAUUCAGGCUGCAUCCCCGGAGCUCAGCACUCCGGGAGUCGCACCUGAUCCUGAAGCAUUAGCAGCAACGCAAAAGCUCGACACCCUCACUUACCUUGACAACGUCUGCCAAGAAUCUCUCCGCUUCAUACCCCCAAUACCGACCGUGAUUCGCGCAGCCGCAGUCGACACCCGCAUCGGCGAACACGCUAUACCAGCAGGUACGAACAUAUACAUCACCAGCAAUGCAGUCAAUCGGCUUACACACUACUGGGGAAACGAUGCCGAUGGUUUCAACACUGAUAGGUGGGAUCAGCUGCCCGCUGCCUGGGUUCCAAAUGCUUACCAAACAUUCCUGGAAGGACCUCGCGGCUGUAUCGGUAGGAAGUUUGCGGAGACGGAGAUGAAAGUCUUCUUGUGUUGUUUGCUUGCCAGGUUCCGGUUUAUUAGAGAUUGUACGUGGCCCGAUCAGGAGCAGAGGAAAGUGUGGCGGAUCGUCAUGAGGCCGAAGGAUGGAAUUCGAGUACUGGUGGCUGCUGUGUGA